GGCACUGAAUAAACACCAACACUCAGUCAGGCAGGCAGGCAGAGGCGUCUCCUCCGGACACCAUCAAGAAUGUCGUCAGCUAAGAAAUGUCCCACAGCCCCUCCCCUCUGCUAUGAAAGAUCCACCACACACAAUACUCGACCUGACAGACACCACCAACACACACACACACACACACAGAGCGAGAGAGAGAGCAAACGCGAACACGGUCACAUGUGAUCAUACAAACUUCGUGUGAAUGAGUGCCAUUCCCUCACACACCUUCAGGCGUUGCGAAUUGCAGUCAUGAUCGUGCAGUACUCCCCCCUAAAGUGCUGGUGGUGUCUGAUUGUGAAGCCCCCGAUGUUGGCGCCGUCAGGGAUGGAGGCCUCAAUGGAAUCAUACUGCUCAGCUGUCGUGUCGACCGUCAGAGUCACGCACUGCAGUCCCCUGACGUGGGUGAUUUGAUCGAUCGCCAAUGAAAGGCCGGUGCGGACGGCGCCGCCGGCAUCCUGCACACCAGCAGGCACUGAGAGAGGGAACAUACACAAAGGCAGAGAUGAGAGCGGGGGGAAGGACACAGUGCCCUCUUCUCUCGGCGUACGUGUCAAAUCGAAGUCAAGUGCCCUGAUCGUCGGCAAUCCAUCGGCCGCCCCCACCAGCUGCUCGACACCGACCUCCCCCAUCCACACCGUAUUCACCUCUCUCUCACUUCCCAGCGCCGUCAACACACCCACCUUUUCCUCACCCGACAGCGUGUUGAUGUUCACCUUCACCAUCUUCUUGGGCAUCUUGUCGGCCAGCAGCCGGGCGGCUGCACCACCCAGCUUGCUCUGGACAUGCAGGACUGAGGCUUCGGGAACGGAUUGAGAUGGCUGAUGAUGGCGAGGUGCGGCGAUGGGGUGUUGGCCGGGGGAUGGAAGCCAGGGGCAUUCAUGGCGAACACAACGGCAGCCUCGUCGAAUGAGAGGCUCUUGGCCAUCUCGACGGCCGAUUCGCUGGGGUUGGUGUGCGGGUCGGUGAGGCCCUGCUGAGUGAAGGUGUAGUGCACCGAUGUGGCCUGCCGUGCCAGCUGCUGAAUCAUGGUCUGGAGUGAGGGUGAGGGGCGGAUGGGGAAGUCGGGGUGGCAGAAGAUGGAGAGGUCGAACUCGAGAUGGCCGCGGAUGUGGAUGGUGUUUUCAUCAAAGAUGAGCGGGGCGUCCGGCAGGCAGCACGCGCCGACCAGUCGGUCCAGGGCCAGCAGCACGGGCAAGUUGUGGCGGCUGAUGCUGUAGAGGUCACUAAAGCGCACGUCCAGCCGCUUGAGUGACCGUCGACAGCCACGCGCAACGAGCACUCCCUGAAAGCGACAGAAACAAACACAUACAGGAAGGACAUCAUGAGCAAACCCAUACACCCAACCUUUUUUGUGUCGCGUUGUGGUCACCUGAAGCCGCUCGACGCCCGCCGGAGAGUCAUUGAAGAGAAGGAUGGUACCGAUUUCCUCAAGCUGGGCGAGUGGCCCCCCCUGCUGCCCAGCCGGUGCCGCAGCGAUGCGCUCGAACACACUCGCCCACUCCUCACCGUCAAGUGUACCGUCCACACGCCGCAGCGAGCGGGACGAGCUAAUGAGUCGGCCCAGCCUGUCAGCGUCCCAUCCCCCCUGCCGCACGGUGGCGAGUGAGGGCAUCAGCCAGCCCCGGUCGGCCAACUGCCGAUGGUCGUGUGUCAGGCCGGCGAUAGUGCUGAGUGCGUCGAGGGUCGGGGGCGGGUUGAGAGGAGCGGGGAGGGCUGGAUGAGUCCUUGCGACGGUCUGCAUCUCCGCGCCGGUCAGCUGAACCGCACCUUCGAUGGUGAUGGUCUGCAGGGUCCCGCCCUGCUGCCCCUCUACCAUGGCCACCAGCACGUCCAAACACCACCGAGCGGUGGCCAUGGGGUGCCGGAGGGUGAUUGACGUGAGGCUGGUGAGCAGCGCCCCCAGCUGGGUGACGAGAGGGACGGGGAUGCGCUGCCACACCGACCGCUCCUCGCGGGUGCCGCAGCUGAUGGUGAGGUGGUGCUGCUGGCGGGAGGCCUGCUGGUAGAUGUGCUGGGACACCUGCACCAUCAGGUUGAUGGGCAGGAAGGCCAUCAUGAAGCUGAGAAGGCCCUCCUGAAACACAAAGGAUAUCCAUCAGUGUGCGCAUGCCCUCAGUGCCGUCGGUGGCUGGCUCACUGUGUCGCUGAUCUUCUUGCACAAGCAUCGUUCCCGGUCGUCCCGUCGCUGCCGCUCCUCGUCACUCUCAACACCACCACCACCAGCAGCCGCAGACGAAGAUGCAGACGCAGACGCAGACGAAGCCGGCGCGUCCUCACUGUGAUGACGAGAUCGCUUAACCUGCACCGAUACACCCAAACACCCACAGCCAACAUCCGUCUGGUGUCAUGCGCCAUCCAUUGCAAGCGGUGCCGCGAUGCGCCCCACCUGUCUAUCGUCCUCCAUUGCUGCAGAUCUGAUUGAUCUGACUGCGAUGAGAACUCCAAUCAAGGCCUUCUCUUGAGGCCGCUACUUGAGAUGAAUGCUCACAGUCCCUCGCUGACGCGCAAACAGACACACACCAAACAUGAGAGCGGCGCCGAAUUGGCCUUCUCUCUGCGUGGCUACCUCAGGAGGAUUCUUAACCGCAGCCUCGAGGCUGCGCGGAG